AUGAACAACAGACUAUAUCACCAAAUCAAUAGAAUUGAUUGGGGGCUAGGUGAAAGUCACAUUGCAUUGCGUACCCCGCAGAUUGAAUAUUAUCGCCCAGAGCUAUUCCAUCAAGCCAAAACGUUUGAUGAUUUCGUGCCGGUGUUCAUUUCGGACUACCACCACCGAACAGAUUUGUUUCGGAUCUACUUCCACUUGGCUGAGUCGAUGGAAGACAUGAUCAUGGUUCAAAAUUGGCCCAUUAAUCGCGUCGUGAUUGCCGGAAGAAUCGUGGGUGAGUAUUAUAAUGAAGAGCGCGACUUGGUCAAGUUGAAUCUCGAUGAUUGUUCUGGCGACCAGCUGAUCUUGGUUGUGGAUAUGAAUUUGGCGAUGUUUGUGUCUUGUGGGUUUCAGUUGAAUAUGAAUAAUUACGGCCGGAUGGUUCAAGUAUAUGCCCAUUUCAAGAGAAGUAAAGUGGUUGUUGACAAUUUACGCGUUUUGAACCACUGGGGGAAGGAAGCUAUGGGUGCUGAGUUGGAAUGGUGGGGCGAGGUCAUUGAGUAUAGAGAGUCUGUGCUUCGAGCUCCCUGGGUUUUCAAGCCUGAGAAAAGAAGAGUGCGGGAUGGAGACGAGGAUGGGACCAGGAACGCGGCUCGAAAGGUUGUGGUUUACAAGUUUAGUCAGAGGGAGUUGGCGAGAAGGGAAGAACGCAGGAAUUUGCAAAUUGGGAUGAGGCUACAAAGAAGUCUGACUUCUGAUCCUGGACCUGCUUUUGGUACAGAUAAUGGUUUGCUUGUCGCCAAGGAUGAGACUGAGGACCUCUGCGGUGGUGGUGGUGAUGAUAAUGAUGAUAAAGAGGCACAUCUUCCUGUGGUGAAUUUUCCACGCAACCGACUGAAGCUUGCUGGAGUGGCGCCACUGCGCGAUGAAGCCAGUGUGGGUGUAAAUGGAGACGCAGCUCGAUCCACUUUUACGAGCCCUGGCGGCAAAGUUCAUGACAAUCGACCGCAAAAGCGGCGUGGACAUGAUUCGAAGGGGGCGAGUGCUGCUCCUUUGAAAGUUGCUGGCGACAUUGAUCCGGCAAACGAGAAAGAUACUCGCAUCUUACCGGAGGAGAUGUUGAACAAUGAUGGCUCAAGAUCACGUCUGAAGAAGAUGCGGGACUCUUGCCAGUCUCCAAGAGACGACCUCAAGCCUACUGUGGAACAUAAGGAAAAGCAGCGCUCGAAUCUGCCAGAUGUUCAAGUCCCCUCUUCGCAAACUACUAAGGAUUCGGAUUCGGAUUCGCUACAACGAUUUGAAGCGACAAACUUGCAGAACAAGGCCUUAUUCGUCCAAUUGGUCAAAGAGAGCCUAGUAGUGAUCAUCAAUCUGGAGUUCAAAGAUAUGACUAUCGAGGAACUAAGUCUGAAUCGCUUUGUCGCAUCCCAGAUCCGGUCCUUUGUUGAAAGUGUCCAUCAGUCAGGAACAACGCAAGCAAGUGUCUCACAACUUGAGAAACUGCUCAUUAAGCGGCUUCGACUAUAUUUCAGCCAAUCCAACUUGGUCAGUGUAAUCGAGAAUGAUGUCAUACAUUCGCCCGUGUUUCAACAGAUUUACCAAAGUUUGCAAAGGGCCUUGCGACAAUUUACAGAGUUCAACACGGCUACAUAUAUCGAGUAUAUCGUGGCCAAGAAGAUUGCCGCGUCGAUGGACUACAAGACAAUCAAUUUCCUAAUAAAGUAUUCUUUAAUUGCCUCUAGAGACCGGAGCUGGAGAUUUGACAAGGACAGGAACCUAUGGGUCAAAAAGCACUGA